CCUUUUAGUUUGGAGUUGGCUUUCUACAGCCAGCUAAAGAACAAGCAGUAUUUUGAUUUUCCUGAAAAAAGAGACAAGAACAGGAAUAUUUUUAAUCGUCAAUCUGGGUUUUUUUCUACAUAUUGCUAAUAUAUUUAUUAAGCCGAAGGAAAAUGAAGCUAAGUAUUGGCAUAUUCUUUGGUGGUCUCUUUGCUGCACUAGGGAUUUUAAUCUAUCUGGUAGCAUUUGGAAGUGACUAUUGGCUUCUUGCCAAGGAAAUCAAGAAAUGCUCAGAAAACCGAGGAAUUGGGGAUAAUGAAACCCACUCAGUUCUCUUGCACCAUGAAGGCUUCUUCUGGAGAUGUUGGUUUAAUCAUGCUGAAGAUGAAAACUCAAACACCAUGGAGACUUUCUGGAUCAUUAACCAAGCGCCAACUAAGAACUGCACCCACGCAUACCUCUCCCCAUUUCCACAGAACAGAGACAACAGUAACUCCACCUCCUAUCAUUCUGCACUUGUUUACCGUGGCUUCUGGAACAUAUUCAUGCUUCUUGGUGUAGUAACAGCUAUAACAGGGGGAUUCCUCAUUAUCUGUGCUGCUCCCUUCACAAACCACAGGCUUUAUAAAGCAGGAGGCGGGCUAUUUCUAACAUCAGGAAUCCUCUUUGGACUGGUGGUUGUAAUGCACGUCUUUUGGGUACAGAGCAUAUCUGAUAUCAAAGGCUACUUGGACACCAGACAGCAAGAUUGCUCCCAGUUCACUGUAUAUGUUCGCUAUGGCUGGUCAUUCAUGUUGGCUCCAAUUGGGAUAUUUUUCUCUUUAUUCGCAGGAAUGCUUUUCCUGCUAGUUGGACAUACUAUACACGUGCAUACGAACUAACACAAAAAAAUAGACAUUGCUUCCCAGUAAUUUCUUUUCUAUAUACUUCUGUAUACAUUUUAAUAUUUUAUAUCAACGUCAGACCAAAUCAUAGGCUUAAAAUGUGUUUAUUAUGUAUGAAAAUGUAUUAUAUAAGCAAAAAUAUAACUUUUUUUUUCUGCUCUCUUCAAUGUGCAAAACACACUACAUCCUUGGCAGAGAACGAGAAUGGGUUGUUAGUGUAAUUUUAUCUGCUCGUGUGCUGUUUGCUGGUAUCUGUCAGUUCUGUUCCUGCCAUAACAUUCUAGUAAAUGUGCACUCCAAGCUGAAAAUAGAUUACAGUUGUUCAUUCAGUAUCAGCGCCAGCACGGAUGAUUCACACGAAAAUUGCUUUUCUGUUGGAUUGUCUUUAGCACUGUUAUAUGUCUUAUAAGUUUCCUAUAAUGGCACAUUCUUUGAUACACUACCAUUACUACUUCGUUAAUAUUAUUUCUGACUUUGGUGUCCCAGUGUUAUCCUUUAACACUUUUAUUUAGAUCUCAUUCAUUUUGAUUUUAUUUAUUUUGACUGCAGUGUAUAAAAAAAUAAAUAUUACAAGAAUUAAAAAACGGCAUUCAUGUGGACAUUUCUUGAAAUAAAUGUUACACAUGUGAGUGAAAAUAUUAAUAAUGCCACCGUCAUAACAAUGUUUAAAAAUAGAAAAAUAGGGUGCAAGUUGGCCCCACUUUUUAAGCUCCGCUGCAGUUCUCAAAGUUCUGCCACCAUACUGCCAAAAAUGUGUGAAUUUUUGAAGAUGGAUCUCUCAUUUGCCUUAGGGCGAAUCCACAAAGUACAUGUGCACAUGGUAUGUAUGAGUGGUGCAAUAUGCGCUCUGCAUUUUGCCCAGAUUCAUUAUUUGUUAUAAGAUGCAAAUCACAGUGUUUUAUGAUACAAAGGGGCCAGUGGCAGAAUUACCAGGGAUCAGGGGGAUGAUAUUGCACCUGGGCCUGCCGAAGUCUUGAGUGCUUGCAAAUCUGGUUCAAAAAUUGAACCUGGAGGGGGUGGGGGACACCUACAUCCUGCACCUAUGCCCCGUCAGUGAUAGUUACAUUACUGAAAAGAGCUCUGCACUUGACAUCUGCGAUAGGCAGCUAGUAAGUACAGGGUUCAACAGCAUCUUGCUGUCCCUGGCUCUUCUAGCAGUGCUGCAUUUAUAGUGAGACACCGCUAUGUGUACUACUUUCUAAGACCACAAAUAGCUGUGCUUCAGGGCACCACAAGUGGUAAAAUGUGCAGACAAAUGGCAGUUUUUUGCACCCAGGUCUUUAUUACCGGAAAAUAAGUAAAAGUAAAAAUGUCUAUACCUUAAGUAAUUGUUUUUAAAAUGUAUUUUAAACAUUACUUCUUUUCAUGAUUAACAAUAUUAUUCAUAUCUUAACAGAGACUUAUUACGGAACUUGAUAUUAUGGUGAUAAAUUCAAUGCAUAAUCCCUGCUUUCUGAACAACCCUGUAUGGUGAACUGUAAAACAUGGAGGACAGAGGUCAGGAUUAUCGGGUUGGAAACACCUUCUGGUGUAAUUGUACAGGCAAAGUUCAGUAAAUGUUUUAUUUUUAUACUGAUGAAACUGUCCUGAUGAAAGCAUUGGGGUAUUCAUUUUUCAAUAGCAAUGGGUAGAAGCCUCGGUGAGAGACAAUACCCUGCUGCUUUUAUGCUGUCUGAAGUCCAAGCACUGAUGAUCAGUUCUAAGAAUUACAGCUGGCGAUUGCUUAAAAGGUAGAAUGGAAACCCUAAGGAGAACAGUACAGAAGACUGCUUUCUUAAAGAACCCCCACUGAAUUUUUUAUUCAAGUACAUUAGAGAUAUGGUUAUAUUUGAGAGAGGAGACUAUAAUCCAGAUUUUAUUUUUAAACUUUAGAUUUCAGUUUAUAAUUUAAGAUUUUGGGGUAUUUCCUUUAAAACUAAAUAUAUAUACAGUAUAUUUGAAAUAUGACUGGCUAUUUGGGCCUGGGGAACAGAAUACUAAUACAUUCUUGCAUGGUGAAGAUGAUAUUAUAUAAUGUAAAGCAAUAAAUCCAGCAGCACUCCGA